AAGGUACAACUUGCGUUUAGUUUUUGAUCUGACACAGAUUUGUAUCAACCCAACAGGAGGAGACUUCGAUUUUUUUUUGCAAUUAAAAAGAAAUACUGAAAAGCUCCACCAAUCAAGUAAAACAACGAAAACUUUUGACUAAAGUGUAAUUAUGGAGUCUGAUACGAUACGAAAUCCAGCUCCCCGACCACAAUUACCACAACAACAACCUCAGCCAGGAAUCGUGCAACGACCGCUUGGCGUUAUUAACAAUGCAAAUACUAAUCCUAAUCCACCUCCUCCAAUACGGCCACUUCCACCGAAUGGUCAACAACAAAAUAUAGUUCGUGGGCCACCGCCUCCACAGUUACAGAGAACUGACAGUCGACAGUUUAUGCCAUCACAGCCUCAAGUUCAACAGCAACGUUUUCCUCCACCAACCCAACAAGGCGCAGCUCCUAAUCAAAUGAACCCACAAGUGGGACAACCACCACAACAGCAACGACCCCAAGGACCAACAAACCCGCAACAAUUUCAACAGCAACGACCACAAAACCCAAUCCCGAAUCCGAAUAUGGCAAAUCGUGGUCCGGCUCCACAACAAAUACAAAGUCAACAACAGCCACAAAUGCCACAAAACAGACCCCCCAUUCCCAAUACUCAACCACAAUCACAACCAUAUCAACCGAAUCAGCAACCUAUUCCGCAGUCGAAUCCCAUACAGGCGAAUUCUCAGCAACCGGUUCAACGGCCUCCUUUUAUUCGUCCGCAGCAGGCUCCCACUAACUUCAGCACACAACAAAAUAAUCAACCACUACCGCCGAAUAACCAACCGCAGUCACAAAACAUGCAACCACAACAACCUGUUAACAUUCAACCAAAUAUGCCUUACCGUCAACCUUUGCCUCAAGCAGUACCACAACAACGUCCUGUUGGUCCGAACAUAACUCCUGCACGGCCACCAUAUGGACAGCCGCAAACUCAAAAUCAGCCUCAGUCACAGCAGCAGCAGCAGCAACCACCACCACCGAAUCAAUUGCGAUCACAAAAUUCUCUUGAAAGAAUCCAAAGACCGCCUGAUGCAUCGGAAAUCGUGUCGGCACGAAACGAGCCAUCACGUCCGAACAGUGUUUUAUCGAAUAAAUCUGACGAGGAGUAUCGAUCCUCAGCACCAAAACCUUCUGUACCAUCAGUUCCCAGCUCAUAUCAACAACAUCCACCACUACAAAGAAAUGACAGUCGCAAUUCCAUUCCAUCACGACCACAGUCUUCACUGGAACAUCAAUCAAAAUCGCCUUCACCCGACUAUUUAGUAAAACCGGUGGACGCCAAGCCAGGUGAAAAUAACUUACCAAAGAUUCCUGAAAAUGUUAAUCGAAAUGCAUAUGAAUCCCAAAACGUCCGGGAUACUGGCCGGGAAAUUCGAGAUUCUGUUAAUGUUCCAAGACCACCAUCGGUCACAUUCAAAGAGGACAUAAAGAAAUAUCCGAUUGAAAGUAGGACAAACGAGCCAAUCAAAUCACCGAUUUCGUUAAAUUCCAUUAUAAGUUCGGAUGGUGCCGUUUCACCGGGUUACAAAGCAAGGGAUACGGAGAGAACCACAACACCAACAUCGGAAAAAUUUCGGGCAAUGCCUGGCUUAUCUCAGGAACGUCCUAUGGGAUAUGUGAAUGGAAGCGAUACCAUGAGAUUGAAAUCGUCAUUGAAAUAUAAAGGAGAUAAUGACAGUGGAGUUGAUGAAACAACACAAGGAAAUGAGAGAAACGAACCGGGAUCAUUAAAUUCUCCAUCAAAAAUACCAGAAUUAUCACGUCCAGCUAGUGCUACACCCUCUUCAAAGGGACAAGGAAAAACUACUCGCAGUGGUUCCCGAUCGAGAAUAUUAAAGACACCUGAAUCGCCACUCGAACCAGUGAAGAAAGUACCAAUGAAUAAAAUUCAAGUGGGAAAUGCGCCAUCGCCAAACCUUAAGCAGGUUCGAUCAAAAAUCGGCUCACUGGAGAAUGCAUCACACAAGCCCGGUGGUGGAAAUAUUAAAAUAGAAACGAAGAAGCUCGAAUUCAAGGUGACACCCAGAAUUGAAGCGAAGAACGAGAAAUAUAUACCGAAGGGUGGUGAGAAGAAGAUUACACACACGAAACUCCAAUGGAAUGCAAAGUCAAAGAUAGGCUCACUGGAAAAUGCCAACCACAAGCCAGGCGGUGGCGAUAAGAAAAUCGAAUCGGUGAAAACGGAAUUUAAGGAUAAAGCAAAACCGAAAGUGGGGUCAAAGGAUAAUGUUAAACACGUUCCUGGCGGCGGUGACGUUAAGUCAUCAUUUGAUGAGGAAUCGCUAUAUCAAACACCAAGAAUCCAAACUCAAAAGCUUGAAAUAAAGGCUUCAAGUAAAAUUGGUUCUUUGGAUAAUGUCAAGCAUAAGCCAGGUGGUGGUGAUAAAAAAAUCUUUGACGACAAAGACUACUUGAAAAAUGUUGAACAUCCGAUUCCACCAUUGCAGCCGUCUCAGAGCCCAAUUCCGGAAACCGGAGCCGAUGAAAACUUGAAUCAACAAUGUUAAAUAUACAUUUUUCCCCCAUACCUCUACUUUUAUAAUCAUUGAAUGAUGUAUUCACACACACCUUUGAAUAUAAAUAUAUUUAAAAAAAAAUUGUGAAAGCAUCUAGCAAAUAUAUAUAAUGACUAGUGCUUUCCCUGUAACAAAAAUUUGAAGUAUAAAAGAAAAAUCCACCAUUAGAUUAAUAUAGGCUCUUAAAAAAAACCGGUGUUGCUAAUCAAAAAGAAGAAGUUUUGAACUUUUAUGCUGGAUGAUUAUUAUUAUCUAUACAAAUAGAGGAAGAGAGAAUUCUUGUGAUCAUAACUUUAAACGAGGCUAACGCUGUUACACGAACCGAUGACUAAAAUGCUACAAUGUAACUUUAUGUUAAACACUCAACAUUGACCUCAACCAGUUCCAUUAAAAAAACAAACAAACCAAAUCAACUAAAGUAGUGACGUCGUUUAAAGAUAUGUUCAUUCGAUUUAUAUUUUUCGUAAAAAUUAAAAAAUUUCAGAAAUCUUUUCGACGAGAAAAUAAAAUUAACAAAAUUCCAUUUGAAUUUAUUGGUGAGACUAUUAGAGAGACGCGUUUAAGCGGAUGACUAUUAAGAACGUGAAUAAAGUUAGAAUCGUAGAAAUUAACUAAAUUUAAAUCAAAAAAGAUUUUUUUUUACAAAUUUGACACUUUUGUACCGUUGGUGUGUUUUAGGAAGUAACAGUAAGUGUAGGGAGUAAAUAGGAUUUUAUAGGUCAGAUACAGACAAACUGAAUUUCUAGCAGGAAGCCAAUUUUCUUAUGUCUUAGCAAUGUCUUAUAUCGGUCAGUUUUUCAUAAAGAAAAUUCCCAUCUUUAGACAUUAAUAGUGGACGAUUUUGCAUAGUUUUCAAUUCAUAUAUUGCCACAGUUACGAUUUAAAUGAUCGCAGUAGUACUUUCCUCAUUAAACUCGUUUUCCGAAAAUGUUUGGAAAUUUCUUUCGACCUAAUUUUCGAACUUCAAAAUUUGUGGGUCACACAGCCCUGAUAUUUUUUGAUAGAAUUACAAAGAUUAAAACUAAAGUCAUCUUUGCAAACUAUAGAGGAAUAAAAUAAUAAAUCCUAACAACAUGUAUACAUCAUACGAUGAGCAAUUUUAAUGUCUAACGAGAACAUUGACAAUGAUUGAGAUUUAAACUGAUAUUAUUUCGAUGAUCAAGUGAUUGACAGAAAUUAUUGGAUUUGAAAGGACCAUGCCAAAAGAAAAAGGAAUCUAAAUCCAUUAAACGUUUACGUAUCAAAUGGUUGAAGCAUAGUGAUUGUUCAUUCGCUGAUCGUCUCUUCAGAUUGGAACAGAAACAAGCAUGAAUGUGAAUUACAAUUGCAGCAGAGUCAUAGACUCAAAUCUUUCUAAUACGAAAAUAGUUUCAUCUCAUAACAUUUUAUAAACGGCAAGCAUAUUGUCACAUAAUCAUUAAUAAUAUGUUCCUUCGUUUGAUUUAAUCUUUUACUUCGGAAGCUGAAGCAUCCAUUAUGCUAUAAAACAGAACAGCCCGUAAAGAGAAUCGCUCGUUCUUGUCAUUUUUGUCGAUAGCAGAUGACUAGCGGUUAAUAAAUGGUUCUUCUAAAUUUUCUUAAAAUUUACAUUUAUCGACAAUUUUAUUGAUAAAAAUUAAACUUGUGAAUGAAGUCAUAUUGAUGCAAUAAAAAUUAAAAUGCUUCAUAUCAAAGUUGGAUGCAUUCCUUUCUCUUAAAAAAUCUGAUUGGAUGAUAUCAAUCUGAUCGCUAAAUUCACAUUGAUACUGAACGAAAUGUCAGAAGUCUAACAAAUCAAAAUUAUCUGAUUGGACAAAUGAACUUGGACCUGGUAUUCGCACUAUUAUUAACAAUUUUUUAACCUAAAAAAUAUACAUUUUUUAAUUCAUCCAGCAUAGAUGAAUCGAAAAGGCUCUAUGCAACCGAAUCGACAUAUAAAUAAUAAAAAAAUGAACAUUCCAACUAAAUGGAGAAAAGAAAGUUCUAAAACUAUAAUACAAGAAUAUCUAAUAUUGUAUAAUAUCUUACUCCAUUAUUAUAUGAUAAUAUUAAUGCAAACUAUGAAAACCUAGUCACUAAAUUUUUUUCUUUUGAUAAUAACAUGCAUGAUUCCCCAGAUUUAUUUGGAACAUUCAUUUACAGCUGGUGUCAGUCAUUUUUGUGUCGAAGUUUAUUUAAGCCUGGCCUGCUCAGCUGGUACGUUUUCAUGUGCAUGCUAAGACAAGUCACUGAACGGUCUUAUAACUACCAACAACAUAUGAAUAUGUACCAGCUGAUGCAUGCACAAAAUUGAAUGUCAUCGACUGUACAAAGAAAUGAUUUCUUUUUCUAAAGAUUUUUUUUUAUUAUUUAGUUUAAGCAUGAGUUUACAUUUGGGUUGAAUAUAAAAACAUAAAAAUAUUUCUAUGAAUUUUGCAAUUUAUUUUUAAAUUAAAAAUUUCUUUUUUUCUCUCUCACCUUUAUUAUCAUUUGUAGAGAUUCACUGUUGCAGUACAGUAAGCUUCACGUAAAAAAAUUAAUGAUUUUAAUCGUAAAAUAUUUACUAAAAAACAAAAAAAAAUAUUUUUAAAAAAAUCACCAAAUUCAAGUAUAAAUUUGAAGUAAAAAAAAUAAUUGAAAAUUGUCAUCUAUAUUGAUUGUUACACAUUUUAAUCAUUUAUUGUACUUGAUCAUUGAAACAAAAGAAGUAAAUUGAAAAUGUACGGCUUUUUAGAGAUAAUAUCACGUAUUUUUGAGUAUAGAAUUAAUCAAGAAAAAUCUUUAAAAAAAUAAUUUGAGAAAAAAAAAAACCAACCAACCAAUGAGAACAAACAUAAAAGAGCACGUAAAAAUCUAUUUUGUAGGGAAUGUUUUAUCAACAGCAAAAUAUUAAUGGUAGAGUAAGGUUAUCAUGUUGACAACAAAAAAACAAAUUUCAAAAAACCAAAAAAUAAGCAGAAAUUAUCUUUAAAAAAAAUAAUUUUCCUUUGACAUUCAUUUUGACAGAGUUAAUUUCUAUGCAUGUGUGUACAAAGGCAGAUUUGUGAAGGGUAUUAUCUAAAAAGAAAAGGAAUUUGUGUUUGGAACGGUCAAUAAUUUGUAAUUCGUAUUAUCAUCGUAUGCGAGGGGUGGAAAAACAGAAAAGAAAAACAGCUUAGAUGUGAGAGAAACGAUAACCUAAUAUAAUCACUACAAAACAU